AUGGCGGCGGCAGAACCAAACGCGAACAUCCCAGAUUAUGAGCAUACCGAGGUGAACACCAAACCGUUUCAUAUCGACUCCUUCAGACAGGAGUGGCUGAACAGACUGAAGCCGAGUAGCUACUCUUUCCAACAGCAGGACGAGGACACGUUUCAUGCUAACUUUGCCGAAGAGAUGGGGGUCCGAGCGGAGACCAUGGCGGAGCUCAAGUCCGUCUGCAGUAUUGAAUCUCUUCGUUGCCAUCCUAAAGAUCAGAAGCCUAACAUGGAAGUUGUACCUCCAGACCCGACACUGAAAACAUUAAUACAAAGGAAAAAGAGACAAGAUCACAGAGCUUCUCUGAAAAUCACCAAGAACAGACAUGACCUCUAUGCAGAUGAACUGGAGCGUGUAACCGUUGGGAAGAAACCGGAAGAAAUUACUGACAUUGUCCCGGAAGGGGAAGUCAUUCUCGUCAUCAACGUCUACUACCCAGCCGUUGCUGACAAAUUUGCCUACACCAGACCCCACAUGACUCUGCAGAUGACGGGUUCCCACAGCUUGGCGGAGCUCAGGGAUGCCAUUUGCUGUUCCAGUGACUUACAAGUGUGUGGAGAGUUCAGCAAUACGCCAGACGUGGCUCCAGCCUUCAUCAGCAAAGAUCAUUACAAAUCCGCUUUCUUCUUCUUUGAAGGAGUUUUCUACAAUGAUUGCCGAUUUCCUGAGUGCCAGGACAUCAGCGUAACCACUGUUGAAUGGUUAAAGGCCAAUAACUUCCCACCCUGCACGCAGGCCAAGAUGGAGGACACACGGUUUACAGAUCUGAAAGUGAAAGUGGGAUACCCGUACCUUUACUGUCAUCAGGGAGACUGUGAACAUCUCAUCAUCAUCACAGACAUCAGACUGGCCCAUAAGACCGACUGCCUCGACCGGGCGCUGUAUCCACUUCUCACGCACAAGCACAGAAUUACUACUGAGAAGUGUGCCGUGUGCCACCUUUUCAUUGGCAGAUGGUUUACAACUAAUGACGAGUUUGCGCCCAGUGAUCCAUGUCUCUUCUGUGACAAAUGCUUCCGGAUGCUGCACUACGACCCUGAAGGCAACAAACUGGGAGAUUUCUUGGCCUACCCCUACGUGGAUCGUGGUGCAUUUAACUAAAGCUUUUCUUUGGUGAACAGAAAACUUAGAUGGCGCUUUAUUGCUGUAUAAUACAGUUAAAUGUUCUUUAUUUCAGAAAUAAAUGUUUCAACACUUGUAUAUUUGAAAAAAUGUUUAUGUUGUGGUUUUACAAUACUUUCAUUGUUGAAAUAAACAGUAACAUUUACUGAAGAAAA